AUGUAUCUGAAAAUGCCAAUUAAAGAAUCUGAGAAAAAAAUUAAUUCUGGUCGUGAACGAAAACGAGCGAUUACUGAAACAAAAGAAGGUCAACCUGGACCAAAGCAUCCUAGACGAAAGGACAAAGCAAGAAAUAAGUUAUAUGAAGAAAGAGAACUUAUUGAAAAUUUGACGACAUCACUAUCAGCUGCACUGACAUUAGCACCACCUCAUCAACCUGUACAAGGUCAAUCUGGUGCUACAUUAUCAACUAAUUCUCAAUAUCCAAAAUAUAAAUUAGAACAAAAGUUACAUGGAGCUAUUGAACUCAACGUGAAUACAUUAAAAAGUGAAAAAGAAGGCGAGAAAGAAAAGCCAUUUCCAACACUGUUUAUUGUAACGAAUUUGUAUCUAGGUGAUGCCGGGAAUAAUCCACCAUCUCAGCAUGAAGAUGACGAUGAUGCAGACUCUCGCCAAAAUUCCAACUGCUCGUAA